GAAACAGCGACAGACUACACGCAAACAACGUUUCUGAAAGGCGGGCGUUUGCCGGAGCCCGACUGAAAGUAUGGUUUAGUUAAAGAAGCUGGGCGGAUGAUGCAAAGCAGAUUCUUGGCUGGCGCCUGAGCGUCAUUACAUACAAUUACAAUAAUUGCCGCCUAUCCAGCGUUAUUUCUGUACGCCUGAGUCCCCCGGAGCGGAAUCGCUGUCUUCAACCCGACUGACAUCACGGUGACGACCAUCUAUCUAUGACGCGUAAUUUAAGCAGUAAUAUUAGUGAAAACAACUAGACAUGCAAGAACAAUUAACAACAAUGGUGUGUUUGUGAAUCAGCAUGAAAAAACAUAUCGAUAGGCUUUAUAAAUUAGGUUUAAUUGUUUAUAGGAACCCGAAUAUAUAAAAAAAUAGAGCUGUAUAGUAUUUCUUGUUUAUAAUACGUAGGCCUAUAAUAGGUUUAUUAUCCUUCUGUAUAAUAAAGGAAGCAAGAAAUUUGCUUCAGUUAGUGUAGUUUAUUGACAGCAAUUGGCACUUGUGAUCUGUUACGUUAUUUUCUUCAGCAUAUCACAUUUAUAUAAAAUGAUAAUAUAUAUCAUUCUUCAUUUUUGGAUAUUUCACAUGUACUAAGAUGCAUAUGUGAGUAAAAGCAUCUAUGACUAACAAUCUGUAAACCUAUUCAAAUACUACCGAGCACAGUCUGAAUACGAAUUUAUUUUGCUUGGCUUCACGUCUGCUUUGCUCAAGUCUUGAUGUAGCUAGACGAUCUUAGACCAUACCUACAUUAAAUGAAAACCUCGUUGUGUUCUGUCUUCUUCCUCGGUCUUUUACAAGCUUUCAGACAUUAGGUGUACUCUAAUAAAGUAAUCAACAUAUCACUGGGCAGAUCGGAUUUUGAUAUCGAUCAGACUGUCUUGCGUUUUGCAUUGGAUUGCUUUGGUGAUAAUUGAGUGACAGUCCCUGUCUGCGUCGUCUCGGCGGCGCCAUGCGGUGUUUUGGGUUGCUAAUUUCACUAACCGCCUGCCUGCUCCGCCUACAACAUCCAUUCGCGACAACUCAGUUAAAUCGGUAUCUUACGCAGACACAGAAAGACACUUACCUUUGCCCUCGGCUCAGAUGCUAUACACCCAACGAUAAAAUGAUAAAGUAAACGUAGGAAUGUUACGAAUUUUUAGGUCAGUAAAUACGUGGAGUCAGUAUAUAAGGAAACCUGAUGGUCACUUCUUGCCUUAAACAAAAUGACCACUUUUUAAUUAAUGUGAAAAUUCAGAAGUUCGGAUUUAAUCUUACAAUACCACUAUACAUGUGAUAAACUAGAAUCAUUUAGACUUGUAUAACUUUGUCCACGAGUUCAUGAUUACAGUUUGCAGGGGUGGCGAAUUUGAACAGCAAUGAUGCGCAUUGCAUCUGCAAAAAUAAUUAUUGUACCUGGCAUUAUACAGUGCAUGCCCCAUCCCCCGUUCCCUUUCUAAUUCAAAAUAGGCGGAAUCAUUGACUGUCUGACCGCAUCAGUAACCAAUCAUAGUUUUAGUUGCCCCUCCGUGUCUAAGAAAUAAUCCAAUGGGAUUAUUGGGGGCGGGGCUAUAGUUAGGUUGCAAAGUAAGACGCAGCUCUUUCUUUAACAGUGAAGUCUUCGCUGCUGUUGGCUGUUUCAGCGGCGUUAGCAGCAUUGACGAGCUCGUCGCGCCGGCUUCUUCUCUGGAUUACUAUAUCAGUAAAUGCAAAUUCAUGCCAUGGUAAAUAUUACACCUGGCGGCAGUUCCCAGUCUUUUCUCGUCACUUACGCAUGGAAUGCAUUUUUGUAGCAUCCAGCAGAGUUGGCUUUCUCUAUAGCGAAGAUACCUGGAUUAUGUAAACUUAAAUGUAGUUUUUCGUGCAAAACCAUUUAGCGAUUGAAAAAAAUCUGCUGGAGGUUUUUACCUGCGAGAACUCCCAGCGUUAGUAUUCGUAGUAUUAAUGUAACGAUAAUUACGAAGUGAGCGCUACGGACCAAGCGACCAAAAAAAGCGGAAUAAGAGGCGUAUUUGUGUUUUAAAUGGAUCGCCAUUCCAGCUUCAUUUCUAUUUGGCUUCAGUUGGAACUUUGCGCCAUGGCUGUUCUACUAACUAAAGGAGAAAUCCGGUGUUACUGCGACGCACCACACUGCGUGGCCACUGGCUACAUGUGCAAAUCCGAAAUGAACGCUUGCUUCACCCGGGUCUUGGACCCCCAAAACACGAACUCGCCACUGACCCACGGCUGCGUGGAUUCAAACUCCACCCCGGCGGAAACCUGCACCUCUAGAACGGAGGAUAUGACGGCAGGCACCCCAGCUCUGGACUGCUGUCAUGAGGACAUGUGCAAUUACCGCGGCCUCCACGACCUGGCGCACGGCAGAGACACUGCAGAAUACGGAAACAGGUACCAGCCAGACAGCAGCAGGAACUUGAUUACCAGAGUGCAGGACUUGGCGUCAGCCAAGGAGGUGUGGUUCCGGGCGGCGGUGAUCGCAGUGCCCAUCGCCGGCGGCCUCAUCCUAGUGCUGCUGAUCAUGCUGGCCCUGCGCAUGCUGCGCAGCGAGAAUAAGCGUCUGCGCGCCCAGCGGCUGCAGAUGCUCUCGCGGCUGCACUACAGUUUCCACGGACACCAUGCCAAGAAGGGACACGUAGCCAAACUGGACCUGGAGUGUAUGGUUCCGGUGACGGGCCACGAGAACUGCUGCCUGACCUGCGACAAGAUGCGACAGCCGGACGCAGGGAAUGAAAGGAUGGUGUCGCUGGUCCACUGGGGAAUGUACAGCGGCCAGGGAAAGCUGGAGUUUGUAUGAUCCCAACAGCAGACUGCCCUGGGACCACUUCUGACUUUUUUUUUUGUGAUAAUUUUAAAUAAUAAAGACGGCAGCCCUUGUGGUUUGCUGUGAGGCACUUUACUUGAAAUAAAGACUCGAAUCAACAAGAAGCUGUAAUUUAAGUUGAGAGGGGAGAUUUUUUUUUUUUUUAACAACCAGAAUGAAUCCUGGACUCUUACUGAUUGCUGAAGGAUUCCAAAUGUCUCUUAUUUGCACAUUUUAUAUAAAACAACAUGAACAAUGUAGGUUUUUGUUUUACGAGAAGCUGAAUAGAAGAAAAUCCACACUGAGACCAGGGUAAAAAGACUCAGAGGAGGAUACAAUUGAAUUCAGUGUUACUGUAUGUGUGCGCACUCCUGUGUGUCUACAUUCUGCUUAAUGUAAAGAUCUAAAAUAUAUUUUUGUCGGAUACGAAA